UUUUCUCUUCUUUUUGCAGAUCACUUUCCGACAUAUUUUUGGUAAAUGACCAAGAAUGGCCUACGACAUUAGCAUAGAGAAACAUAACUGUCAGAGGACAUUGACAUCGGACGCUCGGUUUUUACAACUUUGAAUUCGAACCGAGAAAAUCGAAGAAGGGCAAACAAAUUGCAAAACAACUUUCGCGUUUCAGUGAAAAACCCAACAAUUUAACCACACAACAUACAUAUAUUAACUAGCCCUAAAGCAACAACACUCUAGGUUAAGCAGAGCAAACGAAACCAAGCGAAACGAACUAUUAGACACUAAAUCGCAACCAGGAUCAGAUGAGGCAACAGCCAGUGCAACAAUCGAGCGGAAAACCAAUGAGCAGCAGGCGAAGGCACAAAAAGCCCAAGGCAAAGUCAACAGUAUCCACAAGAACUUUAAACCGCCCUGAACUUUAGAAUCCGAGACUCGAGUAUGCAACAGGCUGGCCAACUGACGUCGCAGCAGCAGCAACAGCAGCAGCAGCAGCAGCAACAGCUACUGCAGCAGCAGCAACAGCAGCAGAAUGGCGGCGACCUUGCCGCCUAUGCCGCCUCGCAGGCGGCAGGUGGUAGGCGUGGCCCCAUAAGCGGCGGACGCUUCGACUUCGAGGAUGGUGGCACCUAUUGCGGUGGCUGGGAUGAAGGCAAGGCCCAUGGUCACGGUGUCUGCACGGGUCCCAAACACCAGGGUGCCUAUGCCGGAGCCUGGAACUAUGGCUUCGAGGUGUCCGGAUCGUACAUAUGGCCCAGCGGUUCACACUACGAGGGUCAAUGGCAGAAUGGACGCCGUCAUGGACUGGGCGUGGAGCAGAUCGGUCGGCAGAUCUACCGCGGCGAGUGGUCGAAGGAUGGGCACAAGGGACGGUAUGGAGUACGUGAGAGCACUGUGUCGACGGCCAAAUACGAGGGCACCUGGAACGAGGGAUAUCAGGAUGGGUCCGGAUGCGAGACCUACGCGGAUGGCGGCAAAUACCAGGGUCAGUGGCAGGAGGGCAAGCGACAUGGAUAUGGAAUCCGUACCUCGGCGCCCUUUGGUUUGGCCUCACACCAUCGGCGCAAGAACCUCCAUGCCUCGCUGAGCUCCCUGCGGAGUGGCGAGAAUGGAAAUGCGGCCAAGAUUGUGGAGAAGGCGGAGGAGAUCCGAGGCGGAUUCGUUUUGACGGCCAAGUCCGAUAAGCUGCCGGUGCGACGCAACAGUUUGACGGAUAAGACCGGUAAAAAGGGAUUCCUUAUGGGCCUUAAGAUGCGCAAGCAGCGCAGCACGGGUGAUCUGGAGAAACGGGGAACAAUAGCGUCUGGCAGCAUUCGCUCCACCAUGUCCUCGGCCUCCUGGAUCAGCACCGGAUCCGAACAGUCCAACCUGACCACUAAGUCCAACCACACAGAGUCCAAUGCCAGCUUCACUAUGGACGACGAGCAGCUGGAUCCCACUGUUGUGGAGACGUACAUGGGCGAGUGGAAGAAGGACAAGCGCUGUGGUCACGGAGUGGCUGAACGCAGUGAUGGACUCAAGUACGAGGGCGAGUGGUACAACAACCGGAAGCACGGUUACGGCGUUACUACCUUCCGUGACGGAACCGUCGAGGAGGGAAAGUACAAGAACAACAUCCUGAUCACCAGCCAGAAGAAGAAGCAUUUGUUCCUGGCGCGUUCGCGCAAGCUCCGUGAUCGAAUCGCCGCAGCGUUGAGUUCGGCACAGCGCGCCCUUAAGAUGGCCAUGCAGCGCUCCGAUAUGGCCAUUUCCCGAAUGGCCACCGCAGCGGCUAAGGCCCAGAAUGCGGAUGCAGCUGCCGAACAGGCUCGAAUGGAUUGCGAGAAUGCGGUACGGAUGGCUCGGGAAUUUGCUCCCGAUUUUAAGCCGUCAGUGCUGGAGCGUUUCGAGAAGUUGCGCUUCCGGGAACGGGAGCGAUUCCGUCCGGGACCAGCGGCCGCAUCCGAUGCAACCGUGAAAAUGGGAGUGGGCAUGCAGACGCAACAGCAACAGCAGCAGGGGCAGUUCUCGCCAACGAGCAGCAGCGGAUCGGAUGCCUAUGCCACGCAGGCACAGCGCCAGCAGCAAUAUCUUAACAUGCAGCAGCAACAACAGCAGCAGCGUCGCAUGUCCCAGCAGAAACAGGAGUCGGAAUGCCCAGUUCCACCUUCGAUGUACUCGCAACAGCUGCCCGUCUCGCCGCAGACAGAUCUGUCCGGAAUGGUGAGCCAGGGUCAGCCCAGUCAUGCCCAGGUGAUCAGUGCCAUCAAUCAGAUGUACCACCAACAGCAGCACCAGCAGCAGCAACAGCUGAACCAGCAACAACAGAGCAACCCGCAAAUGAAUCCUGCAUAUCAGUUCCAGCAACAGCAACCGCCCGGCCAGGCCAAGAUCAAUCCCAAUCUCAACUCGAACCUCAAGCAGAACCAGGCACCAAAUCAGAACCAGACGCAGUUGCCCUUCGGCGCGGGCACCAAUCAACCGGUGGUGUCCUCACAGCAACAGCAACUCCUGCAGCAGCAACAGCAGCAGCAGCAGCAGCAACAGCAACUUCUCCAGCAGCAACAACUGCAGCAACAACAGCUGCAACAGCAGCAGCAUCUUUUGCAACAGGCACAACUCCAGCAGCAACAUCAGCCUCUCCAACAGCAACCCUCGCUGCAUGCCUCGCCCACCCACAAUGCCCCGAAUCUGUUGCGUCGCGCCUCGCAGAUGCAACAACAGCAAAUCCAGGAAACGGCCACCGCUGCAGCAAUGGCCGCCAAUGCCGCCGCAAUGGCCGCGGCCCAGCAGCAACAGCGCAGCGGCAGACCGCCCAUGUUGGGCCAAAUGGGCCAGCAGUCGUCCAUCGAUCAUUUCGACCAUUACAAACGGCCGCCGAGUCGCGACUCCUCCAUCGAUCGGUAUGCUCGGGCCGCCAGUCGCCUGAGUGGGGCCUUUGCCGGAUCACGGCAAACAUCCCUGGACCGGUCAGGACUCGCCGAUCCUGUAACCAACGGUGGCACAAGCACUCCUGAUGGACGCCCGCGGGCGGGCUCAGUAUUCCGCGGAUCCACCCCGCAACCUGGAGCCGGAACAUCGACCAUGACUGGUAACGGGUCACUGCCCUCGGGAACGGGAGGCGGACGUCUGUCGCGGGCCGGAACACCCAGUUUGGGAAGUGCAGGACGGGCACCUAGCCAGGGGAAGACAGAGCCGCUCUUCUCAUCGCCCAAUCAGCCGUUCGAGGACGUGCUGCUGCGCCAGCGGACGCUCGGCCAGGACAUCAUUCCCUCGCCCUCGCAACCCAAACGCACGGAAAGCCUGUAUUUGCCGGCCAAGCCAGCUACACCGGUGGGCAUGGCCAUGGGCGGUAAAGGGGGAGGCGGAGGCGGCGGUGGUGGAGGCGGCAAGAAAAUGAAGUCAGUGCCCAUUAAUGUGACGCUGCAGCGGAAAAAAUCAAUGCCCGAUUUCCAGGAACUGCCGCGUGCCACGGAGGCCAUGAGCCGGGAGGAAGUGUCCGCCCUGGGCUCUGCCCGCCGGGAGGCAGUGCGUCGCCAGAUCGAGGUCAACGAGCGCCUCAAGGCAAAUCCCUUGCUGUAUUUGGUCAGUCCACAGGUUAAGGACUGGUUUGUGCGCCAGCAGCUGAUGCUGCUCGUCCUGAUUUUCAACGUCGCGUUGGCGCUGCUGUUUGUCUACAUGCUCACCUAGCGCCGGAGGAGGAUGCCGAGGACGACGCUUGAUACUGGCGGAUUUGGUUUUGGCAGCUACUGGCUUUGAGGCACAGUGGUUUUGGCUGCCAUCGAUAGUCCAAGUUUCGCCGUUUUCGUGAACAUUGUGAGUGGCCAAAAAAAUUGGGCCAACACACACACUUUUCGUCGGGGGAUGAGAGCUAAUAAGUUUUUAGCAUUUGCAGUAAACAGUUUAUAUAAAAAGGAAAAAAGCAACUUAAGUAUCUAAAGUACCAUAAAUGUAUAUCAUAUGUAUAACAUGAGGAAACACGCUAAAGAUGGGAAAAAGAAAUCGAAUUAAAAGUCUAGACUGCAGCCAAAUAAUGGAUAAAUAAUAAAAUUAACUAAUAGCGGAGAACUGCAAUGCACAAAUCGUAGCAAACUAAAUACAUACUUAAACCGCGUGGCUGUGCAGCCAAUCAUUUAAUUUGUCGAGCCAAUUGAAAUUUGUAUUUUGUGGCUAACCAGAAGCUAGAGUGGAGAUCGAAUAACUAUAUGCAAAUCAAUUUAACGAAUUUUUCUACACAUUUAAUGUAAAGAUAAAGGCAAAAACAAAACAAAACAGAAAACCUUAACCUAAUCAAUGUUUAAUCAUGAUAAAAAAUAAACGCGUAAUUUAUUUAAACUUUGGCUACUUAAUGUAAUACCAUAAAACAAAAGUUAAAAGGCAAACAAAAACCAAGAAACUUUUCCUAUUUGCAAUUGAAAAUGCAUUAGUCAGCAACUUAAUCAAAACAAAAGGCAACCGAAUAAUACAACUAUUCAUAUUUAUAUAUAUAUUAAAAGUGUAACGAUGUGUGACACCUAUAUUUGUAUAAUUAGCAAAAUUUUAUGGGACCGAAAACAGCACCAGCAAAAAAAAAAAAAAAAAAAUCAUAAAAAAAUAAACAGAGCAACUACAAGAUAUCAAGUAUCUUGGGCUAUGUUUUUGGUUUACCAGUUCAACAUUUUCGAAACAAAAUUGAAUUCGAGAAUGAAAAUUCAAGAACAAACUUUAUAUAAAGCGGAUAAAACGGAUAACGGAUCGAGAUUGUUAAUGAAUGAAGCUGUAUAUAUACAUUUUAAAAUAUCGUAUAACUAUAAUUAUUUUCUUCUCGAUAAUUUACGUUUAAAUUCAUAGCUGGGACGAUGUCAUUAUUUCAAAAGUGUUGCAAUUUAUCGUUUUUAGUUUCACUUCAUUUACGAUGUACGAAUAUGUUCUAAAUAUUAUUAUUUCAUUUUUUAUUUGUUAUUUUAUAUGCAUACAUUAUUGAAAAGAAAUAAAACCGCACAUUCGCAUCUUUGCAAGUGUAA